AUGAACCAACAAACCGGGGUAGGUGGAGAAAUUAACGUACGAGUAGCGACUAGAAUUAGACCAUUAUUAAAGAACGAAAUACUUACUGGCGAAAAAACUUGCGUUCGUGCCAUUAGUUCCAAUAACCAAAUCGUUUUCGGAAAAGACAAAAUUUUUACCUUUGAUCACGUUUAUCCUGUAUUCGGACAUCAACUUAAUGUAUUUUCAUCUUGCGUCCUUCCGCUUAUCAGAAAUUUCUUUGAGGGCUACAAUUCCACUGUGUUCGCAUAUGGACAGACAGGUUCUGGGAAAACAUACACAAUGGGCACUUCCAAUCAAAUUGAGCUUCUUGAAGAAGAACGUGGAAUUGUUCCUAGAGCUAUUGAUGAAAUUUUUAAUAUUAUCAGGGACUCCGAGAUACCUAAAUAUUCUAUCACGGCUUCCUUCAUUGAGAUAUAUAAAGAAGAUGUCAGAGAUCUUCUUGAUUCGGGGGAAUUAGUCACAAAAGAUAUACACAUACGCGAAGACGAUAAGGGAAAUACAAUUGUAUGCGGAAUAUAUGAACACCUAUGCGAGACUAAAGAAGAUCUUUUGGAAUGCCUGGAGGAGGGUUCCGCUAAUCGCGUUACUCGAUCAACUCAAAUGAAUGAACAUUCCUCUCGUUCACAUUGCGUAUUUACGAUAACCCUUGUUCAAGAGUGGCCUGUAGAUGCGUCUAUUGUUAAUGCAACAUCUGGUCGGGAAAAUGCAUCACGCAAAGGAUUUAAGACGUUUAGGAAUUCAAAAAAUUCAAUAUUUUAG